AUGCAGUUCACCAUCGUCGCCGCCCUUUUCGCCUCGGUCGCCAUGGCCGCCCCCGCCACCCUCCACGCCCGUGCCACCGUCUGCCCUACCGGCCUCCUGUACGGCGUCGCCCAGUGCUGCGCCACCUCCGUCCUCGGCGUUGCCGAUCUGGACUGCUCCGUCCCCAGCAGCACCCCCUCCGACGGCGCCGACCUCAAGAGGAUCUGUGCCGAAAGCGGCGCGGCGGCCAUGUGCUGCAGCAUCCCUCUCGCCGGCCAGGGUGUCCUCUGCACUCCCGUCAUUGGUUAAGCGCUGCAUGGGCGGUACAUUAGCAACCCGGCAACGGUUGAAUCUGGACACAAACACUUCAUUUCUUGGGAGACAGUAUUGGUUGUGUGACUUAAAGACUGUGGCCCUCAGAGUAUAGAGCUCUCUGGUGCUCAGAUAGACGGUUCGGUGAAAUAAUAGUUGGUGUUGAUCAU